AUGAAACAUUUAAGGUAUGGACAAGGUGGAAUGUACAAGGCAUUUAUGUUUGGAACACCAAGCAUCAUUGUUACAAAACCACAAGUAUGCAAGAAAAUCUUGAUGGAUGAUGAAAACUUUGAAUUGGGAUGGCCUCAAUCAGUGUUAAAUCUAAUUGGAAGAAAAGCUCUCCAUGGAAUUACAAGCCAAGAACACAAGCGUCUUCGUCGAAUAACAACAUCUCCUAUAAAAGGCAAACAUACAUUGUCAUUGUACCUUAGUCUAAUUGAAGAAGUUGUGAAGAGUUCAUUUGAAAAAUGGAAUGCAAUUGAAGAUGAACCAAUUGAGUUUCUUAGUGAAAUGAAGAAAUCCACAUUUGAAGUUAUAAUAAGAAUCAUGAUUGGUAGUGAGAUUGAUCCUCAAUGGUUAGAUAUGGUUGAAAAGGUUUAUACUAUUUAUUUGAAAGGUUUUUUGGCUUUGCCUAUCAAUCUCCCUGGAUUUGCUUAUCAUAGUGCAUUCAAGAUCUGUCGUGAUCUCUUAAAACAACUAUCUUAA